AUGUUGUUUUUAUCUGAAGCAAUAAUAAAGUUGUUUCAUUUUGAUGAUGUCUUAUUUGUGAUAGGAAGUAGAAAUUUUACAAUCCCUGUGAAGAUUGCUCUUAUUUAUGACGUCAUUUGCAAUCAAUCCCUAAAACUGUUUUUUAAAGCUCUCAAACACAUAAAAGUAGUCACUUUUACCUUUCAUAUCACAGAAUAUUCCAUCGUGAAGCAAGAAGAAAAACAUAAGUAA